AUGUCAUCUACAUCUACGCCACGCUCGACGCGUUCCUCGUCACCAGGUGAUGAACCCAAUAUGCUCACGCCUGGGCGAAAGAUUAAGGCCAUGAUGGCCAAAUUCGACAGUGAUUCAGAGUCAGACAACGAAACCACACAUCCCAAAAACACAAUUCCGAAGCUGGACUUCGCAUCCAAAAACACGACUGCUGCUCAGCUUGGAGAGGAAAAUCCAUUAAGUGACGAAUCCGACGAAUCAGAAGAAGAGCAGGAAAUCGUUAGACCAAAGGGCCGUAUGGCAUCUCGGAUGCAGGGCGGCAAUAAUCAGUCCGAAGAAAAAGAAGACUCCGCUUUUGCUCGAUUGUCCAAAUCUUUAAAAAACGAACGAGACCAAGCGAAGAAGGUUCACGAGACGCCAGUCGCUGAAGCUGAGUCCGAGACCAACACUUAUUCCAGCGAUGACGAUAUGCCCAUGACUGCACCAAGAAGGAAGAACAAUGCGACUCAAUCACAAUCACCAGAACCUGCGAACGACCAAUCCAAACGACCAGCACCUCGCGCUCGGUCCAAUUCACCGCUAUUCGUCGAAGAGGACGAUGAAGAUGAAGCGCCCGAAGAAGGCCCUGACCCAUCGAUUAAAGGCAACACCCGAUUCCUUGCACUUGUAGCUAAAAAACGCCAAGAGCGUGAGGAACGAGAAAAAGCGGAAGCAGAGAAGAAGGCGGCUCGAAGAGCUCAAAUGGAGAAAUUUAGCUCCGAUGUUGUUUCCGGAAAUGAGAGUGAAGAUGACCCAGGCUCAGCACAAAAGCUCGCCCAGAAAGCUCGACAACCGCGAAAGGCCGGUAAGAAGGCGAUGGAGGAAAUGCGACAGGAAACCCAGCGAAUGAGUCGAAACAUGCAACUUGCUCACCAGGCUCAGACAAAGAAGAAGAUUACUAAAGAGAGCUUUUUCGCACGAUUCAAUUUUGGAAAGCCUCAGACAACUACUACUGAACCCACGGAAACUAAGUCUUCAUCUACAGCAGGCUCACGACAGUCAUCUGAUGAAGAGGGCGUCAAGAACCCGCGCGAUACUCCUCAUACGUCUCCUGUCCUUGGCCCUACUGAUUCUGAAAAGUUGGCCACUGUUGCUUCCAACCUAGAACAACCCGAGUCUCGUGAAAAUGAAGAGACGACUGCUCCUACGGAAUCUGUCACUGCAGAAGCCACCUUUCCCACAGAGGCUGAGAUGAAGAUACUUGAAAAAACCAUGAAUAUACCUACCCGCCCUGCUAAGAAGGAACCAUUUCAAUUCACACGCCCUCCGGUCCGAGUUCAUUUGUCGCGACAAGAGAUUGCUCGACACCAACAAGAUAUAUCCGAUAGCGACGAUGACCUUGAUGUCGUUACAUCUCCUGGCAAGGCUCGUAGAGUCGCAGCUUUCGAAAAUUUGCCCGCCAGAAAGAUGCAAGAAUCUGCUUCUAUGAUCAGACUAAAGGCUCUCGCCCAUCUGACUUCUCCGACUCGCAAAUCAAGCUCCAUGUCUACUGCGGAGCUUUCCGCUUCUCUUCUGUAUAAAGCCCGCCAGCAAGCCGCCAAGGAGAGGCGUGAGCGGAUUGAGGAGCUGAGAGCUCAAGGUGUUCAUAUUGAAACAGCCGAGGAGCGUGCUGCCAUGGAAGAUGAAACGGAAGACCUUGUGGCAAUGGCGCGCCAAGAAGCUGAUGAGAUCAAACGACAAGAGAGAGCCGCCAGGAAGAAUGGACAAGAUCCUGAUGACUCGGAGGAUGAUGGUGAUUACGAAUUGUCGGGGUCCGAGGAUGAGGAGGAGAGGUCUGGCGCUGAGGAGGAAAACGCUCGAAGCCUUAUCGGAAACAACGGGUUUCUUGAACAAGAGGCAGACGAAUCGUCUGAUGAUGAGAGUGAAGCUUUACCAUCCGAUGCCGAAGAGGAAGCCCCUGGCACUCGACGCAAGCGACCUACUCGCGUUGUCAGUGAUGACGAGGAUGAAGAAGAGGCACAGCAACAGGUGCCCUCGACCCCCAUCAGACCGCCGUCAAACGCAGCACAGUCUGCAGAACGACCUCAUUUCCCUGGAAUGGGAUCUCCCAGCCUCUCUAUGGGUCUCACUCAGGCAUUCGCCGGCACUUUGGCAGACGAUCAAGACGGAAUGAGCCAGCCAGCAUCAGCUACUAUCCCCUUUUCUCUUCCAGAUCCCGGCCGACCAGUACCCAGACUUCAUCAAGAAGAUUCUGAGAUCUUAGUUCGCGAUAGCCAGGAGCAACCAGACGAGCCUGAUUUCAUGCCCAAUUAUCGGCAAAAUGUGGUUCGAGUCUCGGAAUCCCCAGCAGGUCCUGCAUUUUCUCAGUACUCCCAACUCCCGGACCCAACACAGGACGAAGGAUUUGUCUUUUCUCCCUUUGAUCCGUCCAAACGGUUCAGAGGAACCCCUCCAGUUUCAACUGUCGACACGGUGGUUGUGGGCCAAAGUCAAUCACCUGUUGCGCAGCGAAAGAACAAACAGUUGCGCCGAGGACGUGCAGCUGAUCUGUCUGUUAUUGAAGAGACAGAGGAUACAAACGAGGGUGACUUUGAAAUCAAUCCCAACGCAUUCAAUGUCAUGAAGAAGGCAUCUAAGAAAGCGGAGACUCCCUACGACAAAAAGAACAGCAAGGCAAAGAAUGUUGUUGACGAGGCAGCUGAGGAAUCUGAGGAUGAAUAUGCAGGUCUCGGUGGUAACAGUGAUGACGAGGAUGACGAGGAAAACGCAUAUGACAAGCAAAUGAUCAAUGACAACAGUGGGGAGACAGUCGAUGAAAAACAGCUGGCUGCGCUCAAUGCUGUUCACGAUCGCAACAAAGACGAGAAGGAUGUUGCCAAAUUGCUCAAGGAUAUCACUACUGGAGCUUUGCGCCGUCGCCGCGGUCCUGACGAUGAAUUUGACCUAGACGACUCGGACGAUGAGCGCCUGUCACGUCGCCGGCAGAAGCAGCGAGAGUUUGCCAAAAUGCGCAAAGCCCUUCUAGCCGACGACAAGGUGGGUGAGCUUGCAGAUAAUCCCAAGAAGGCUGCAUUCUUUAAGGCCAUCGAAGACCGGGAAUUUGAAGAUGACUUCGAACUGGAGUUCUUGGAGGAAAAUGAAGGUGCAUCCCAAAACGAGCCUUCUCAGGAUGUUGGCACGGAAGAACAAGAAACAGGCGACGAUGACAGCAAGAAGCGCAAACGCCCCCUCGAGCCAUCUGGAGAAGAUGCCACGAACCGACCACCCCCUAACCUUCGUCGUACUCCUGCUAGCGCUAUGUCCAAGAAACCUGCUACAUUGGCUGAGAUUCGUGAGACGCUAUCCUUCUUAACCGAGACACCGGAAUACGACUCCUUCCACGAAGAUGCCUCCCUCGAUGAAGAUGAGCUUGCCAUUGAAGAAGAAGAAGAUGCAGAUACUUCCGGAGCUGAUGAGGCAGCCCACUCUGAUGAUGCAAACACGCAACCCAAGGAAGACUUCGCUAAACCAAGCCACCCUCGUCGCACUCGUGGUCCUGUCGUAGACCGCCUCGCUCUGCUCCGCAAAGCCUCCUCGAAUUCCGCCACCGGACCAAGCACUGGGUCCGGCAACACCAAACUUGCCUUCCAAACCGGAAACAAAAACGAUGGCCCUAUUGGUUUCCGACCUCCUCCGCUCCUACGCCGGGUCACCACUGGCUCCUCUUCUUCGUCCAGCACAUCAACAACUACCAACCGGGUCUCCAAGGCCGCAGCGUCAGGUCCCAAGAAGGGAGGCGCUGUCAACUCUUAUACUGCUGCGCGUGAGAAGGAGCGAGAGAGACAACUUCGCACGAAACAACGCACAGGUGGCUCAAAUGUCGCAAAAUUGCUGAACAAGCAUGCUGGUGGUGGAUUGGGUGCAUUGGCUGGAAAGGGCCAGUGGGACUGA